GGAGAGGCGCCAGGCGGCUAGCCUCGCCACAACUUGCCCAGAACAGACAGGCCUCACCUUCUGCGUCCUGGAAGAAGGAGCUGGCCCGCCGCUUCCCUCCCGGCUGCUCCUCGGCCUCCACGGGCCCGCCAGCGCCAGCAGCGCCCCUGGAGCCUGCGUCCCCAGCCUCGCCCCUGUCCGCCUGCAGCGCCCGGCGCCUGCCCAGGAGCGCGCAGCUGGGGUGCUGGGGAUAUAACGGUGAGCAAGAGAGACCACGGCCCUUGUUCCCGCUGAUCCUGCAGCCCAGUGGAUGGAGUCCAGGGUACAUAGACCUGCCAGGAGAGACAAAAAUUUUCCUGAUGGUUGGUCCAAGCAGGGACUCCCCGGUGGACUGAGGAAUGGCUGGCUUUUCCUCAGUUCAUCCAUCUCUAUGGUAACCACAGGCAGCUCCCAGAAGACCUCGAGAAUGAGAGGCCUGAGGUCUACGAGUUGCUGCUAGAAAUAGUUCAGCCUCUCCAGAAAACAGAAUGCAGCUGCCACACAAGUUUGUAAGGGCCUUGGGCGCACGCUGACCGCGCGCUGGCCGGCUCGCACUUUGCUCCAGGUCCACGCCCGUGGCGCUGCCAUAACAACGGCCUAGACGCCCAGGCCUUAGGCCGCCGCCGCCGCCGGGACCCGGCCUUCUCCCCGCUCCGAGGGGUGGGGCGGCGGCGGCCCGGGAGGCGGCCCGGGCCGGGUAGACGGGACUGCCCCCUCCUCCGAAGCCGGCAGAGGCAGCGGAUUUGCUUCCAAGCAUGCCGUUUCAGAAGCACGUCUACUACCCGCUCGCCAACAGCCUGGAGAGACCUGCCUCCGAAGCCGCCGCGGCGGGCGGGGCCGCCAUGGCCUGCGGCCCCCCGAGCGCGGCUUCGGGCCCCCUGCCCUUCUUCCAGUUCCGCCCGCGGCUGGAGAGCGUGGACUGGCGGCGGCUGAGCGCCAUCGACGUGGACAAGGUGGCAGGCGCCGUGGACGUGCUCACGCUGCAGGAGAACAUCAUGAACAUCACCUUCUGCAAGCUGGAGGACGAGAAGUGCCCGCACUGCCAGUCGGGGGUGGACCCGGUGCUGCUGAAGCUCAUCCGCCUGGCGCAGCUCACCAUCGAGUACCUGCUGCACUCGCAGGAGUUCCUCACCUCGCAGCUGCACAACCUGGAGGAGCGGCUGCGCCUGAGCCUGGCCGAGUGCGAGCAGAGCAAGAAGCUCCUCACCAAGCAGGCCGGCGAGAUCAAGUUACUCAAGGAAGAGUGUAAACGCAGGAAAAAGUUGAUCUCCACCCAGCAGCUGAUGAUUGAGGCCAAAGCCAGCUAUUACCAGUGCCGUUUUUGUGACAAGGCCUUUAUGAACCAAGCUUUUCUACAAAGUCAUAUUCAGCGCCGCCACCCUGAAGAUUCUCAUCUUGAGUAUAAGACAAGGGCACAGACUGACAAGCUCCAGAAUGAGAUCGACAUGUUGAAGGAGCAGCUGCAGCUCACCAGGUCUCAGCUAGAGGCUGCACAGCAUGCCCAUGCAGUCAGAUUCUCUAAGGAAUAUGAAAUGCAGAAAACAAAAGAGGAAGAAUUUCUGAAGUUAUUUGAUAGAUGGAAAGAAGAAGAAAAGGAGAAGCUAGCUGAUGAAAUGGAAAAAGUCAAGGAAAUGUUUAUGAAGGAGUUUAAAGAACUAACUUCUAAGAAUUCAGCGUUAGAAUAUCAAUUGUCAGAAAUCCAGAAGUCCAAUAUGCAGAUCAAGUCUAACAUAGGCACAUUAAAAGAUGCACAUGAGUUUAAAGAAGAACGUCCUCAGCAUCCCCAGGAUUUCCAAAAUGUGAUGCAACUUCUUGAUAGUCAGGAAAGCAAGUGGACAGCUCGAGUUCAGGCUCUUCAUCAAGAACACAAGAAAGAGAAGAGCCGGCUCCUGUCACAUAUAGAGAAACUUCGAACCUCAAUGAUAGAUGAUCUAAAUGCAAGUAAUGUAUUCUACAAGAAAAGGAUAGAAGAGCUAGGGCAGAGGCUCCAGGAGCAGAAGGAGCUGAUCAUCACUCAGAGACAACAGAUUAAAGAGUUUACCAGUAAACCAUUAAACAGUGUCAGUGAACCCAGAGGGAAUCCUUUAACCUGGCAAACUUUUGAAUCUAAGCCAACUACCCCAACUGUACCUAUGAAUGCCCCAGCCCCACAGACUUUGGAUGCUAAGUCAAGUCUAACAAUGGCACAUGAACAGGCAUUCUCAUCGCACAUACUGGAACCAAUAGAAGAACUUUCAGAGGAAGAAAAAGGAAAGGAAAAUGAACAGAAAUUAAAUAACAAGAUACAUUUAAGGAAAACCUUGAAGAAUAACCCUUCCCUCACUAAGGAAAUAAGAACAGUCUUGGAGCAGAGUUUGGUGGAGAAACUGGAAACCUUGGGGAUUAGUGCAGAUAUACGUGGUAUUCCAAGUGACCACUUGAAUAGAGUGCUAAGAACCAUAGAAUCAGCAAGACAUGAGCGAGAAAGACAAAUACCUAACAUUCAGCAAAUUCGUGAAUUCCUUGAACGUCAGGUCAGCCAUAAAACUGAGGAGAGAACACAACUGUCCACAGACAGGUACAGUGCUUCUCAAGUGGACACCCUUUCAACUGGAGAAAUACCCAAAGCAAUACAUCUUCUUCCCAAAAGCAGACAGUUGGUUAGACAAAGACCUGUUUUUACCGAUAGGACAUCUGUUCCAAAAGUUAAGAAAAAUAUCACAGAAGAUCAUUUUCCCAGAAGGUCUUCAACUGUUGCGACCCCUCCCUUCAGUUCAGAGGAAGAGCUGGAUGAUGAGGACCUCCUCCAGGCCUGUGUCUCGCCAGACUUACUUCCUGUGCUGUCAUCUAAAAGCAACAGGAGUAGCUUUGGAAGGAACACCGUCAAAAGUGACACUGACUGGACCGAGGGAAGUGAAAUUGAGGACUCUGCUAUUUCUCCCAAGCCCACAGGAACCUCCAUUAAAACAUUAACUGGAAAAGUUGAAAAGACAGUUUCAAAUCACAGAAGUGUGAAUAAGCCAGUUGGUGGGCUUAAUGUUGCUGAGGCGUUCAUCAAAAAAGCACAAAAAGAAGAUCUAAAGUGUGCAGAUGUGGACGAUAAUGACUGGGACAUAUCAUCCUUAGAGGAAGAGAAGUCUUUGGGGCGAAGAAUUGGAAGAGAACAGAAGGAACCUCCACCUGCGAAGAAUGAGUCAAAUUCUACUCAAGUGCCAAGUGCCUGGGGUGCAACUAACCUGAAAGGGCCGAAGGGAGCAGGACCUCAGGAUGAAUCCAGCACAUUGAAAAGCAGCUUAGUAACUGUGACUGAUUGGAGUGACUCUUCAGAUGUGUAA